GCCUCCACCUCUUAUUUUUUUUUUACUGGACCUGCAUCAUCUCUGACAUCUUUCUUUUUAUUUGUUUCUUUCACUUCGAUUAUCCCCAUUCAUUGCUCUGGAUCUUCAACAACUUGCCCAGCUUCUAACUUGUGUUUUUUAUUUUAUUCAUCUUUUGUUCCAUAUCAAUAUACAUACACAUACACAUACACAUACACAUACACAAACGGAUAAAGAUUUAAACAAUGGAACAAUCAAACACUAAUAUUUCGCUGGUACCUCAAGCACCCAAGGUGCCAAAGACAGUGACGGAAAAAGAGAACACUCGUCGUCUAAUUGUUGUUUUGGAGUCAGCCUGUCUGGAGACAUACAAGGUUGGCAAGGACAAGGAUGCUCGUUAUCAGCUGCUUAACUGUGAUGAUCACCAAGGGAUCCUCAAGAAGAUGGGCAAGGAGGUGACUGAUGCUCGUCCUGAUAUCACUCAUCAGUGUUUGCUCACUUUAUUGGAUAGUCCCUUGAAUAAGGCCGGUCUUCUUCAGGUCUACAUCCAUACUGCCAAGAAUGUCCUAAUCGAGGUGAAUCCUCACGUCCGUAUCCCAAGAACGUUCAAGCGUUUCUCUGGACUCAUGGUUCAAUUGCUGCACAAAUUGUCUAUUCGCUCUGUCAACGGAUCGGAAAAAUUACUUCGUGUCAUCAAGAACCCUAUCACGGAUCACCUUCCUACAAAGUGCCUGAAGCUCGCUUUUUCGUACGAUGCCCCAGUGGUCGCUUUGAAGGAUUUCCUCCCUACUAUUCCAGAGGAUUAUUCGAUCUGCGUCGCUAUUGGUGCCAUGGCUCAUGGAGAGGACAACUUUGCUGAUCAUUACGUCGACAAGAAGAUUGGAGUAUCAGGAUACCCUCUUUCUGCAUCUGUUGCUUGCGGAAAACUCUGCUGUAGCGUUGAAGAUCUUUGGGGUAUUGUCUAGGGCUAGAGCUUCUUUGUGUGUGUAGUGAUGAUGAGAGUGAUUCGAGUCUUCGUUCGAGGUUAGGGUUCAAGAUCAAUGACAGGAUCAGAGAACAUGAACUUGACGCGGAUAUGAUUGGGGAUCAUUUUUGCUCUUAUUGAUUUGCUAUAU